UGAAGAGAAAGGAGACAGUAGCCUCAUACCCAGCUGUAUUUCCAAACGAAACUGACAGCCUCCUUUCAGAGACGUUUAUAGGAACUUCUAUCCAAAGAGGGUCAGUGGAUGGAUAUAAAGGUAGUGCUCUUGAGGAUGGACACUUAAUGAGAGACCGGAACAAGGAUGGGGACAGUGAGGGGCCUCAAGCAUACCUGGGGACUCCUAUUCCAGACUACGGUGGUGACUGGCAUCCAUGUGGGGAGGUCUCUGAUCCAAGCGCCAACCUCAUUACACGUAAGAGUACACAUUUAGGAGAGAAUCACUCUAAAUAUGACGCAUGUGAGGAAAUACUUAACCAGUCCUCCAGUGCUGGUGAUCAGAAGAGGAUUCAUGUGGUGAAAAGCCCCUACACAUGCAAUGAACCUGGGAACAUACUUAGUCAGUCAUCAAGACUACAUAUCACUAAGACAAUCCAUGCUGGACAGAAAGGUGACGUUUGUAAGGAGUGUGGCAAAGCCUUCAACAGGCACUCAGCACUCAUUCAACAUCAGCAAGUGCACACUGGAGAGGAAGCUUACGAAUGUGAAGAAGGUGGUAAAACCUUUAAUGAUGCCUCAUCAAUGAAUGUACGUAGACUAAUCCGUACAGGAGAGAAACCUUACACACAUAAAAAAUGUGGGAUGGCCUUUCCCCAACACUCACCUCUUACCGAACAUCACAGAACCCAUACUGGAGAGAAACCUUAUCAAUGUGAAGACUGUGGAAAAGCCUUUAAGAGCACCUCAGCCCUUAGUGAACAUCAGCGAAUCCAUACUGGAGAGAAGCCUUACCAAUGUAACGAAUGUGGCAAGUCCUUUACUCGCCAGUCAAGCCUUAAUAUUCAUCACAAAAUCCAUACUAGGCAGAAACCCUACCAAUGUACGGAAUGUGGCAAGGCCUUUAACCAUCCCUCACACCUUAGUAGCCAUCACAGAAUCCAUACUGGAGAGAAACCUUACCAAUGUAACGAAUGUGGCAAGUCCUUUACUCACCGCUCAAACCUUACCAAACAUCACCAAAUUCAUACUAGAGAGAAACCCUACCAAUGUAAAGAAUGUGGCAAGGCCUUUACCCAGUACGCACUCCUUAAGGGACAGCACCAAAUCCAUACUGGAGAGAAACCUUACCAAUGUAAAGAAUGUGGCAAGUCCUUUACUCACCGCUCAAACCUUACCAAA